UCUACGCACGACAGAGUCCACGUUCCCGUACAAUUCCGCGACUCGCUGGCAUACUGACCCAUUUCCCAGCAUUGUUGCUCCAAGCGUCUUGCAAUUCCUCCGGAGCUUCGACACGGCCAAUAUUCUGAUCAAUACACCAAACGCCCUCGACGUCGCCAUGUCUUCUGCCAAGUACCGGUAUUGCGCCUUCCUGGAUCCCUCCACAGGCCUCGAAAGGAUCGGGAGUUUGGACGGCGAGCAAAUCCAGCCGCUCGCCUUCUCCUCCGGUGCGCCGCUCUCCAGCCUAUACGAAGUUAUUGCCAUCGAUGAAGCAACCAUCCGCCCAUACUCUGACCCCUUGCCGCGCGCCUCGACGAAACUGCUCGCUCCCAUCAACGGCCGCGACAUCCUGUGCGUCGGCAAAAACUACGCCGAGCACGCCGUCGAGUUCAACAAGUCGGGCUUCGACAGCUCGGACAAGACCGACCAGCCCACGCACCCGGUCAUCUUCACCAAGCGCUUCACCUCCAUCAUUGCGGAUAGCGAGGAGAUGCUGGCGCAUUCUGGUUUUACGGACAGCGUUGACUUUGAGGGCGAGCUCGGCGUCAUCAUUGGGAAGCUGGGGUUUCGCAUCGCCCAGGCUGACGCGAUGAAGCACGUCUGGGGCUACACGAUCAUCAACGAUAUGACGGCACGGGAGAGGCAGCGCGACCACAAGCAGUUUUAUAUUGGCAAAUCGCCCGAUACGUUUUGUCCUAUGGGUCCAGUGGCCAUUCCUGCCGAUCGUUUCUCCGAUGCUCUCCGCGUACAAACAAGAGUGAAUGGCGACUUGCGCCAAAAUGCCACCACUGACAGCCUCAUCUUCAGUAUUCCUUAUCUGGUGAAGACUUUGUCCGAAGGCCAGACGCUCAUGCCGGGCGAUGUGCUGGCGACCGGAACGCCUGCAGGCGUGGGCAUUGGGCGUACACCACCAGUGUAUCUCCAGCCUGGAGACGAAGUCGCCGUGUCGAUCGAAGGCAUCGGCACCCUCACCAACAAGAUUGCAGCACAGUCUGCAUCCAAUCCAACUCUGCGUCGCGUACAACAAUACCAUGACAGCAUGCUACCGAUAGCCAACGCAACCAAGACUUUGAACGCGAACGUAGGCCUGACUACGAUCGGCGGGAAGCCUCUGAAAGUCUUCCGCCGCGGCAUCGACCACGGCUCUCCGGCCGUCUUCAUUCACGGACUCGGCGGCACCUCUGAUUACUGGAGCCCGCUGAUCCAGGCGGCAGGCCUGGAAAAGAGCCAUGCGUUGCACCUAUUCGACUUCGAGGGCCACGGGCUAUCACCCACGUCCGCGCUAUCGGAAAUCAGCAUCGCCUCGCUGGCUGCGGACGUCAAGGGCGUUUUCGAUCAUGCGGGCAUUACUGGCGGUGCGACGCUCUUCGCUCAUUCCAUGGGCUGCCUGGUCGCCAUCCGCUUCCUCUUGGACCAUCCGCAGCUCGUCAGUAGACUCGUCCUCGUCGGGCCGCCGCCGAUUCCCCUCCCCGAAGCCGCCAGCAAGAACAACCACGCGCGCGCCGCACUCGUGCGCAAAGAAACCAUGGCCGCGGUCGUCGAUGCCGUCGUCAGUGCCGGAACGUCCGCCAAGACGCAAGCGAGCAACCCUGUUGCCGUCGCUGCCGUGCGCAUGUCUCUGCUCGCGCAGGACCCCGAGGGCUACGCAAAGGCCUGUAGUGCGUUGGCUGGUGCGACUGACAUUUUGGAUCUCGGCGCCAUUCAGACCGAUACGAUUAUCGUGACGGGUUCCGAGGACAAGGUGAGCCCGCCGGCGCUAUGCGAGGAAUACGGCAAGAAGUUGAAGAAGUGCAAGAGCGUCACGGUGCUGCAAGACGUGGGCCAUUGGCACGUGUUUGAAGAUGUGCAGGGCGUUGCGAACAGCCUGAAGGCAUUGUGUUGAAGGCCUGGAGGGAUGGGCAUGCGUCUUGCAGAGAUGUAUCUAAGAUA